CGGCAAUACGUUAUGCUUCGGCCAUUGUUAGAACGUCUAUUUCGAGCUAUCUCAACCAAUAGAACGAAGUCGGUGACCCCGAAAUCGACACCGGAUGCCUCCAGAGAUGAAACGAUGUUGUCCGCCAAUCAAAGCUCGAUGACAGAACAAUCUGUUUGCGGCAAUACCAAGAGCUACAACGGCUUGGGCAACAGCCACCGCCAAUUGCCCUGGCACCAACAAGUUGACAAUGUGAGGAAUGUGAGUGAUAUUCGAGAUGUCGACAAACGACAAGAUCUCGAUUCCAGGACACAUCUUUCGUCUGCGACCACAUUCAACAACGGCGAUCGUUGCAGCAGGAUUGCGCGAACCGACAGGGAACCACCACCACAAGCUCCUUUGGAAGAUUUUUCAAACGGCAACCCUCGGCAACAACGAAGGUCCAGGUCGAGAUCCAAGUCGACACGAUCGAGAUCCAAGUCAGGACGAACAAGAUCCAAAUCGAGAUCGAAGCCAUCACGAUCGAGAUCCAAAUCGAAACCAAAGCAAAAGGAGAAAACAAAGCGAUGGUUAGGAAGAACGGGAAAAAAGAAAGAAUCAGCGAAGCCUGCUUUUUCCGCAGCCRCAGCGUCGCCGGCAUCACCUUCUUCGUUGAUCUCUUCAUCACCGUCAAACCCAUUGCAGAAGAACAAAAAUUAUUGCGAUCGCAUCGAAAUGGUGGCGGUGAAGAACGAGGCCAUCGCCAAGGAGGGAAUGGUGAAUCAGCAAGAAACACAAAAUAUUUUUGCAGCUAAUUGUGACAUGAAUGCGACGAAACUGUUGCCCGUGUGUGGCAACCUGGAGCAAGUGGGUGUUGAAUCUUUUGUCAAUAUUUUAGCGCAUCCUAAUUGUGGUGCAAAACUUGGGCGCCGAAAAAAAGAGAAGACCAUGAGCGUGAUACUGAAUCACAUUGGAACUUCACUGCGCGAAUCACAAUCAGAGUCGACACCAGAGAUUGUAAUACCAAGGUCAGGGAAGAAGGCGAAGGAUUUGGAAAGAUUUGACAAGAUUGAACAAGUCGAUGAGUAAGUAAGGUCAUUGUCUUGAAAUCUUCGCUACUACUGUACAUUAAAAAUAUUUCAUUGCGCACUUGUAUUUCAUUGAUAUUUGCCAAUGAUUUUUUUUGUGUUAUUUUGUCCUAACAUAUCAUAGUAAUGACAUCGGAAUCAAGGCAUCAAAAAGUAGAUCUUUUUCACCAAAAAAGCAUCGUAGUGCAUGGAGACGAAAGAGGAAAGGGAAGGAAGAGAAAAAGAAGGAAAGCGACCGAACAACUAACGAAGCGAACAAAGAAGAACAGAGACAGUUCGGUAGCAACGAUAAUAAUAAAUUGCAAAAGAAAUACACGUUUGUCCCAUCUGAAAGCUUGAAGUACCUCUUUGCAAUCAACACUGAUGACGAGCAAAAUUCUGACGACGACUAUUCGACAUCCAGCAGCGAAACGGAUUCUGAGGAUGGAUUUCUUGAGAAGAUGGUGGCGUCGUGGCAAAAUACGAGCCGCAUCGUUCCGACAUUCGGCGUUGUAGGUGCCCUCGGCUUUGGUAAGAAUGCUAGAAAUUGCAGUCCUGAUAUUAGGGAUUUGCGAAUCGUCGACAGCGAAGUCUUGAGUUCUUUCGAUGAGGUCGGUGACUAUAUUCAUUCUAAGCCAUCGCAAAGAUAUCGGAAUCUUGAAGAGACUAGGAUGAUCAGAGAAUUGUGAAUCUUCAAAUUCAAAAUGAAUUCAUACACAAGAAUCUAUGAUAGUGCUUUGAGGAGAAGACGAACGUCCCAUCACCGGCAAACCAAUCGUGUUUUGAGGGAGAUAAGGUUCAAUUUUAUCAUCGAGGAAAGCAGCAAUAAUCUACUAUUCUCCCUCGGUCGGCCAUCAGUUUUGGAGAUGUCUUCAUUGAUUGUUUGCUAAAAUAUGAGCUACUGUUCAUUACGUGAAGGUUUAACGAGAUAAAAGUGCUAUGAUAUGUGCCAUUGCAUCAGAUGUUGCCACUGGGUGUACAUUCUACUUUCGGUACUAGCAUAUUACUUGCUGAGAAUAGUGAUUGUUCCAUCACUUCGUACGGUUUCACUUUUCGAAUUAACAUACCAGUAAGUAGACAAACUACUAGUUGAUUACAAGAUUGUGAUGCAUUUGAAAAUGAAUACUGUGAAUCUAUUCUAUUUGCUAUUUAUGCGCACGUAUUCAAAGCGUCUUUCUUCUAAUCAGUGCAUCUUUUACAAGACGCCCGACAGUAUUCCCAAAGGGGCUUGCCUUCGAAGGUUUUAUUACACCUAUUUUUCUUCCUCACCCAUUUGCAAUUCCUCUUCUUGCGUCUACCUUUGUUCUUAACUUUGAAUCUUCCUUUCCUAUCUUCGCAGUCGAGUCCAACCUCGACGAGAUCUGGUGUAGGGCUCGAAGUUGGUGGAAAAGUUGGAGACAAAGUUGGAUCACGAGUAGGACUUUUCGUCGGAGUAGCAGUGGGAGUCUUGGUAGGAUUCAUACUUGGUGGUCUAGUGGGGCUUCUUGUACUAGGAGCUUGGGUCACUUUGAAU